AUGGCCGCGCAGCAGCAUCUACCGCACCAGCCGGACCAGCUCGCCGCGCUGGCGCGUGCGCAGGCGGCCCAGCUGCAGGAACGGUUGCAGGAGCUGCUGCGCGACCCGACGGCUGCCUCGACCUCCUCAGCGGCAGCGCCACCACGUAUACAGCCGCCUGCAUCCGCCGCGUCUGACGCCCUCUCGGCGCUCCUCUGCACGCACGAGCGCUCGCGCUUCCUCGGCCCCGACGGCCCCGGCGCGGCACAGCCCGUCGCCGACGCAGACGCUGCCGCGUCCGCCACCUCCGCCGCGCGCGAGCGCGAGCAGCUGCUGCCGCAGCUGACGGCGCAGCUCAGCGGCGCCGCCGCGGCACUGCGCUCCGCCCUCGACGCGGCGUACGCCCUGCGGAAGCUUCCCGCACCGUCGGUCGACCCCGAUGACGUCAUUGCUUAUGCACACCGGCUGCGCUAUGCGUUCUUUCCGUUGGGAACUACCCCGGACCUCUGGCGAGAGCCGCCGGCGCCGCAGGUACCAAACAUGGUCGCCUCGUCCCUGGCCCAGCUCGCGCAGCAGCACAAGCAGCAGGUGGCAGACCAGCAGGCGCGCGACGCCGCGGCGGCCGCGGGCGCUUCGGCGGCGGCGGCGGCGGGGGCGCUGCCGAGCAUACCCGCGGGGUGGAACCCAGGCGACCCCAUCCCAGAAGACCUGCUGAUGAUGUCAGAUAUGUCGGUGGCCUCGCAGCCGGCGGGGGCAGCAGCUGCUGCAGCAGCACCACUUGCUGCCGGCGUGCAGCAGCAGCAAGGGCAGCAGCAGCAGCUGGACCAGCCACAGCAAGAACAGCCGCGGGCCCUGCCGCAGCCGCAGCAAAAGGCAGCGGUGGCGUCGCUGGCAGGCAUUUUGAACCUCGGCGGUUUAAAUGCUGAUCUUGGGGAAGAGGUGGACUACAGCGAGAGCGAUGACUAUAGCGAUGACUGA